CUGACAUCAGAGCACCUUUUGUUGCUAAACGCUUUCUUGAGCCUGGAGGGGAGGGAGUCAUGUGGAGUUGGAAGAGCUCAUUCUAAAGAGAGGGGUCCAGGACUAAUUAGCCCGGGUCCACAGGCGUCACUGUCCCCUGCCCAGCCCUGCACAAACUCUCCAGUAGAGGCGAGUGGUGUGCCACCCGGAGCCGGUCCCCGAAGCAGGACGCAGCACCCGUGCGGUGUGGCUCUUGUCUCCCUGGUCCCGUGAACUCCCCGCCGCAGCCAGUGUUGUGGACUCUGCUCCAGCUACCCUGUUGCUGCGCGGGGCCGGGCUAGGAAAAGUUUCUGGAGUUGUCAAUCGCGGUCGCCCGGGAUCGAGGUGCCAGUCCUGGCAGUGGUGCUCGUACCCAGCGGAGCCUGGGGCAUGCGACGCGGGGGCGCGGCCCGGUGACGCCGCGGGCGGGGAACUUGCGCCCCGUCGGCCGACGCGCUGCUGCGAGCGGUGGGCAGCGCGGGGACCCGGACGCGGACGCACGGGGACGCGGCCAUGGAGGAGGACGCGGGAGCUGCUAGCCCGGCGCCGGAGCCUGAGCCGGAGGUGGAUCCCGCCCGGGAGCUGGAGCCCGAGGCCGGUGUCUCCGAGUCAAUCUCCCGCCUCUGGACCGACGUGAUGGGCAUCCUGGAUGGUUCCCUGGGAAACAUUGAUGACCUGGCACAGCAGUAUGCAGAUUAUUACAAUACCUGCUUUUCUGACGUGUGUGAGCGGAUGGAGGAGCUCCGGAAACGGCGCGUUUCCCAGGACCUGGAUGUGGAGAAACCCGACGCCAGCCCCACGUCACUUCAGCUGCGGUCCCAGAUCGAAGAGUCUCUAGGCUUCUGCAGCGCCGUGUCAACACCAGAAGUGGAAAGAAAGUACCCUCUCCAUAAAUCAAACUCAGAAGACGGCUGUGUAGGCAAAGGAGAUUGGAAGAAGAAAAAUAAAUACUUCUGGCAGAAUUUCCGAAAGAACCAAAAAGGAAUAAUGAGACAGACUUCAAAAGGAGAAGAUGUGGGCUAUGUAGCCAGCGAGAUUACGAUGAGUGACGAGGAGCGGAUUCAGCUGAUGAUGAUGGUCAAGGAGAAAAUGAUCACCAUUGAAGAAGCGCUCGCCAGGCUGAAGGAAUACGAGGCCCAGCACCGUCAGUCAUCCACCUUGGACCCCGCAGACUGGCCCGAUGGCUCCUACCCGACAUUGGAUGGCUCCUCCACCUGCAACUCAAGAGAGCAGUCGGAUGAUGAGACAGAGGACUCGGUGAAGUUUAAGAGGUUGCACAAGCUGGUAAACUCUACUCGAAGAGUCAGAAAGAAACUAAUUAGGGUGGAAGAAAUGAAAAAGCCCAGCACAGAAGGUGGAGAGGAACAUGUAUUUGAGAAUUCCCCAGUCCAAGAUGAAAGAUCUGCACUCUACUCUGGAGUGCACAAAAAGCCAUUUUUCUAUGAUGGCUCUCCUGAGAAACCUCCAGAAGAUGAUGCAGACUCUCUCACCCCAUCUCCAUCAUCCAGCAGCCUGGAUACGUGGGGAGCUGGCCGGAAGUUGGUCAAAACCUUCAGCAAAGGAGAGAGUCGGGGCCUGAUUAAGCCCCCUAAGAAGAUGGGGACAUUCUUCUCCUAUCCAGAAGAAGAGAAGGCCCAGAAAGUGUCCCGCUCCCUCACAGAGGGGGAAAUGAAGAAAGGUCUUGGGUCUUUGAGUCACGGGGUAAGUACCGAUGGUGUUUUCUUCUAUGACAACCAUCGGCGCAGGCACCACUUUCUGGUGUCCUUGGAGGAGGUUCAGAGUAUCCGUAAGCAAAUCCGCUUGAAGAAAACGGAUACUAAUUACUCCUGUUCCAGAACUUUUCUCUGCCAGCGUCCCUCCAGAAAAGGAGUAAAUGGCAGCACCUGUGACCUGCUGCCACGGCCCAAGCCCAAGGGUGGCAGUGGCUGCGGCUUCGCUGGCAGGAGGGGCCGAGGGCGCACCUCAGUCAGCGAGUUCAAUAUCACCUACGUGGUGGAGCGGAGCCUCUACAGCCACCUGAACCUGACCCAGCUCGUGCGUCCUGCCUCGGACAGGACGCUGAGCAAGGUGGAGAAGCAGGACCUGAGGCGGUGCUUGCUGGAGGAGGAUGAGGAGGCAAAGAGGAAGUGGGCUGCCACGGUGGACCGCUGUACUAAAAGGGUUCUCUUGAGAAUCCACCAGAAGUCUAGAACCUGCAGUUUUGGUGGAUUCGACCUGACAAACCGUUCUCUGCAUGUUGGCAGUAAUAAUUCUGACCCUGCGGGUAAAGAGGGAGAUUUUGUGUACAAAGAAGUCAUCAAAUCCCCUCCUGCCCCCCGCAUCUCUCUCGGGAAAAAGGUGAGAUCAGUGAAAGAGACCAUGAGGAAGAGGAUGUCUAAAAAGUACAGCAGCCCGGUCUCAGAGCAGGACUCGGGGCUCGAUGGAAUGCCCAGCUCCCCCGCCUCAGGAAAGCCUGACUCCGAACACGUGGACAAGCCUAAGCUCAAAGCCGGGGGCUCUGUGGAAAGCCUUCGGAGUUCUCUGAGUGGCCAGAGCUCAAUGAGUGGUCAGACAGUGAGCACCACUGAUUCCUCCACCAGCAACCGGGAGAGUGUCAAGUCAGAAGAUGGGGAUGACGAAGAGCCACCCUAUCGGGGUCCCUUCUGUGGGCGUGCCCGAGUGCACACUGACUUCACCCCCAGUCCCUAUGACACGGACUCUCUGAAGCUCAAGAAAGGAGAUAUCAUUGACAUAAUUAGCAAACCACCCAUGGGUACCUGGAUGGGCCUGCUGAACAACAAAGUCGGCACGUUCAAGUUCAUCUACGUGGAUGUGCUAAAUGAGGAAGAGGAGAAGCCCAAGCGCCCUACCAGGAGGAGGAAGAAGGGAAGACCAUCUCAGCCGAAGUCUGUGGAGGAUCUCCUGGACCGGAUCAACCUGAAAGAACACAUGCCCACCUUCCUGUUCAAUGGCUAUGAAGACCUGGACACCUUCAAACUCCUGGAGGAAGAAGACUUAGAUGAAUUAAAUAUCAGGGACCCAGAACACAGAGCAGUUCUUCUGACUGCGGUGGAGCUGUUGCAGGAAUAUGACAGUAACAGUGACCAGUCCGGUUCUCAGGAAAAGCUGCUGGUGGACAACCAGGGCCUGAGUGGACGAUCCCCACGAGACUCCGGAUGCUACGAAAGCAGCGAGAACUUGGAAAACGCCAAAACUCACAAACCCAGCGUUCUGUCUACCAAGUCGUCCACGGAGUCCAACUUAAAGUCUUUCACCAGGAGUCAGCCAGGCAACUACCCGACAUUGCCUUUAAUGAAAUCAGGGGAGGUGCGCAAGCAGGGAGAGGAGGGCAGGCUGGGACGAGGUCUAGCCCCGGACACUGCCAAGAGCUGUGACGUGCCCUCUGUGACUGAUUUGAGUAAAAACCGAAGGAGCCUCCCGGUCUCCAUCUGUCGCAGCUGUGAAACCCUGGAGGGUCCUGAGCCUGUGGAAAGUUGGCCCCGAUCCCAUUCCCUGGAUGACCUUCAGGGAGAUGCUGAUGUUGGCAAGAAUGUGCCUACCGAGAUGCCAGAAACCUGUUCUCAGAAUGUACCAGAAGUGCCGCAGAAGACGUCUGCCUGCACCUCCAAGGCUCUGCCACGAGGCCGAGAUCCCACAGCAGAUGUGAUGCUUCUGACCCAAAGCAAGAGAUUUUCCGACCCCCCGAAAACAAUGGCUAAGAAACUGGAUGGCUCCGUGGUGGCCUCCAACCUUGGGAUAGCUCCUCCUCAGUGUAUACCCAGAGAUUUCGAGGCCCAGCCGCCUGUUAAACCCGGCUUAACAAGGACGUCUCUUGAGGGUCUCAGAAAAGGACAUGAUCACCACCCCCUGGGCACCAAAGAAGGGGUAGACGGGGAGCAGAGCGCCCCUGAGACCAGGACACAGUCCCGACAUCCGUCGCAGCCCCCUCCUGUGCCAGCCAAGAAAAGCCGAGAGCGCCUGGCCAAUGGCCUGCACUUGGUCCCCAGCCCAGAGGCACCCAUCCUGCCACUGAAGAAAGCCAGCCCUGCCAGCCCAGUCAGUCCCAGCGACUGCCCCUCUCCCCGGGAACCCAGGCCUUCCUCCGGGACUGAGCCGGGCAGCCCAGCCUGUACGAGACCUCCACCCUGGCUGGCUGAGCUGCCCGAGAGCACUAGCCUGCAGGAGCAUGGUGUGAAACUGGGCCCAGUGCUGAGCAGGAAGGUUUCCUGUGUCCGGGGUGUGGACCUAGAGAUGCUCACGGAGAACAAGCUGCAGGCGGAGGGCAUUGAUCUCACUGAGGAGCCCUACUCUGAUAAGCAUGGCCGUUGUGGGAUCCCGGAAGCCCUGGUACAGAGAUACGCAGAGGACCUAGAGCAGCCUGAGAGGGAUGUUGCCACCAACAUGGACCAGAUCCGGGUGAAGCUGCUUCGGAAGCAACAUCGGAUGGCGAUCCCGAGUGGUGGGCUGACGGAAAUCUGCAGAAAGCCCCUCUCUCCCGGCUGUGUUGCGUCCAUGUCGGAUUGGCUCAUCUCUAUCGGCCUGCCCAUGUACACGAGCACCCUUUCUGACGCAGGGUUCAGCACGCUGAGCCAAGUGCCUUCCCUGUCCCACUCUUGCCUUCAGGAGGCCGGCAUCACCGAGGAGAGACACAUAAGGAAACUCAUAACGGCAGCCAGACUCUUCAAACUGCCACCAAGCCCUGAGGCUAUGUAGCCAGGCCGGCGUGGCCCUCCCUAGACAAGAGCCAGCCUCUCACUGUGCUUAGGAAGCCGAUACAAUCCCUCCACGUCUGCUGGGGUUGAAGAAAAGUAUUCUCUCGGGGCUCACGAACUGCAGGAUUGGGACUCAGAACCGAGGCCCCUCUCUUCCGGUAAAGCCCUCCUCCCCUGCCCCUCGAGGAAAUCGAGGUGAUUCUCUUUGAUGCCCAAAGGCAAGACACGCACUUAGUUCCGUUUUCAGGCACUGAAGAGCCAAGACACUACAAACAGUGUGUGUCCAGUCUGUCUUUGUGCUGUCAGAGGGCUAGGAGGACGAGGCAGCCGGCUCGUGUCUGAUCGUGCCCUUGCGCAUCUGUUGGUCACCCGAUGCCCGAGCCCGAUGGGCUUAGCUAGGCCAAAGCAACAGACUCUGGAGUUACUGUAUACUAUUGACCAUGCUCAUUUGUUCAAAAGCUACAACAGCUGACUCUAUCAAGAACAGAACGGUCCUCCUCUCCUGUAGAUAAACGACCAGAGACAUUUUAAUUGCUUUCUAGCAAUUAGCUUUUAUUUGCCUUAAUAUAAACUUUUAACCAGUUAUCUAUCUAGUGUCCACAGCCCUUACUUAACCCUAGUUCCAGAUUUUCAGCUUAGACUGCCAUCUAACGUGUUUGGGAUGUUUCCAGCAAAAAUAGCCUUUUUUUUUAAAAAAACAGUCUCAUUCUAACAUGGCUUAUUUUAUAAGGGUGACUACCAGGCACACGUUUCAUGUUGACUUUUAGUUUUUGAACUAACUAUAAUUUAGUAAAAGUCGAUCGGGACUCACAGAGGGGCACGUGUGUGUGUAGUGACUGCCCUUCAGUCUUCUGCCUUUAGUGAGAGGCUGUCACAGUGGCCAUGGUGUUGUGAGUGGCUGUCACGGUGGCCAUGGUGUUGUGAGUGGCUGUCACGGUGGCCAUGGUGUUGUGAGUGGCUGUCACGGUGGCCAUGGUGUUGUGAGAGGCUGUCACGGUGGCCAUGGUGUUGUGAGAGGCUGUCACAGUGGCCAUGGUGUUGUGAGUGGCUGUCACGGUGGCCAUGGUGUUGCAGUAUUUAUGUGAAAUCCUAACCUCAUCCAUCCCCAAAUCCAUUCAUCAACUAUCAGAUCACCUUUGCAGAAAGCCAUUGUAAGUUGCAUAUUUCAGAAAGAUUUUUUUUUCUAAAAAGGGAAGUAGUUUACUCAUUUAAAGUUCUUUUUGUUUGUUUGUUUUUAAUUUUUUUUCCAUUUUGGCCGGUUUUAUUAUCUCUCAUUUGUUAUGUAGAUAAUUAUUUUAAUUCAAGCAAAGGUUCAUUAUGGAGCCAGAUAAACCACAUCCGCUGGGUGUUAAAUAUUGCAUAUUUUCAACUGGUUUUUCCAACUUUGAUUUCCAUGUGAUCUGCCCUCUUUUUGUCUGGCGUCUGGUUUUCUAGCAGUUGGCACACUUAGACAGGUGUGCCUGAUCCAUUGCUUACAAAGUGUUUUUUCUUCAUAUUCUUGCAAGCACGAUGUGAAGUCUCCAGUUAUCGUGGAAGCAUUUUGAAUACAAGGCCCGGAUCAGUCCUCCGCUAGUUCAUUUGGGUUAUUACAAUUUGAUUCCCCUCAGAAGAGAAGGGCAAGCGGUUUUAUGAAUAACAACGCCAUCCUGGCCUUAUGGUUUAUAUAGCUGGUCCACGUCUCUGAGGAACAUCUCAGGUGAUUCCCCCCACCCCACACACAUUUUAGUGUGCGCUAAAAAAUAAUAAUAUUGCUUGGUUUCCUCACUUCCCUUCGCCUACUAUAAAAUGCCACGUGGAGAAGUUGAGGCAGUUUAGAAUGAGAAGAGUAAAGGCACUGGGUUCCUAUUGGACUCUUAAUAAAGAGCUCACGGUUAGCUUCCAGGGUCAGGCAUAGGCCACCCAAUGGGUGGGGGUGCAGGGUUCUCUGCCAGUCCAGGACCCAGUCACAUGCUGUUGUGGGGGUUGGCAUUGGAAAACAGGCUUCUUCUCUUGCUUUUGAAGUAACCCUGGCCUGACCGUGCAACAGACUGCCCUUUGAUUUUAGCUGAGCGAAGAGAGAGAGACCUCGCAAAAGUAACAUCGGAGGUAACCAGGGAGGAGGAGAAAUCUUUUGGGAAUUUCCAAGUUUCAGUUCAUUCUUGGUGUAGGGUUUUCUGUUUUAAGUCAAUCAAGGAGGUCUUGAGAAUGUCAAACAGUAGCUUUUUUCUCUCUGGAAAUUGUCGCCUUUGCAUGGAGAAUUAAAUUCAGGGACCACGAGUUUAGUGUGAAUGUCUGAUCUGAAGGGGCUGAGGCUUCUUAUCCCUCCCUCCCUCCCUCCCUCCCUCCCUCCCUCCCUCCCUCCCUCCCUCCCUUCCUUUCCUUUCCUUGUAUCAUAUUUGUUUGGUUUUCUUUUGCUUUGAACGUUUCAUUUGGUCUGAGAAAAGCCUGAACAUUAGCGUAUGACUCUGAGGAGACUCGGGGCUGCCUGUGGCUGUUAGCGGACAGGCGGCCGGCUUUAGCAAUAGCCACUUUUGAUCGGUUGCAUUUGGUACAGAAUUUUGAAUGACAGUGAAAAUUGUUGUCUUUGCAAAGCACAAAACUAACCUGGAAAGGCGUUUCGGCUCAGGUAGCUACCCAGAAUGUGUGUGAUUGGUGUGUCUCCGCUGUCUGCAGAGAAAGCAGCUGCCCAAACUACUAUUUACAUUCCCAGAUACUGAGAGCAAAUAGCUUUUCAUGGCCUUGCAUAUUUGGGGGCCCUUUUCUCUGUCCCGACCCCAGGUGCGGAUGGAACUAGAAAUGAUUCUUCUGUGAGAAAAGAGUCCUGGACACGGAGUAGUGUGUUUCACAACUGCGGUGGAACACAAGUAGAUUCCCAAGUCACUGCUGUGUGAGGACUGAGUGAGGUUCCCGAAAAAUUCUGUCUUGAGUCCAUGUUAUCUUGAUUUUUAAAAUUGAUAGGGAAGAAACCCCACAAACUGUCAAGCAAGUUAUAUGACAACUAACAACAUUGCACUUUCUGUAUAUGAAAUCAAUAUUUAAAUAACUUAUUUUUCUCCAUUGCUAUUCUUAAACAUUGUAAGUAGCUGUAAUAUACCAAUACCAAUACGUUCUUGCAAUUGCUUCAGCCCGAGAAAGCUGUGUAUUGUUUUAAAAUUGUAAAAAAAAAAAAAAAUAUUGUGAUGAUCCAUUUAAAAAAAAAAAAAAGGAAGGUAGACAGAAGGGUUUUCCUGUGUAUCAAAACUUGUCUAUAAUUAUGUCACCUAUGUACCUAGGGGAAAGGUAAAUAAAAUGUCUUCAUCGAA